AUUAUAUUCGAUGAUGAUGAUGAUGAUGAUGAUGGCUGUAAUCCUAAUCUCCAGCCAAUCCAUUCAAUAAAUGUGAUCAAUAUCAUCAAUAAAAUCAUUAUGGCAAUCAUUUUGAUCAUCAAUUUGAUUGGUUGUUUUGUGGAAUUUGUCGUCGUCGUUGUCGUUGCUGUUGUUGUGUUUGAUGUAAAAUUAUAUGAUUCUAAACUUUUGUUUGCACACAUUAUUAUUGGUUAUUGAUUGUGAUGAUAAAAUUGUCCACAUAAGAACAUUCUUUUGGUUCGAAAUCGAAUUAUUUCUUAGGUCAAUGUCCAUAUGGCCAGUCAAAAGUCAUUUGCCUUUAGUAUUUUAAAAUCAUCAUCAUUAAUUAUUAAAAGCGUUGAAAAUGUCAUUCUUUUGGGAAAAAAACUAGUCAAAUCUGGCCAAACUACUAUUUGCUUUCUUUUUCUGCAAUAUCAGAACUAAUUUAUAUAAUUUAAUUUAAAUAUAUGGAUGCGGAAGAAAAGUUUUUUUUUCAUUUUUUUCCAUUGUCUUAUCUUUUCGUGUUAUCAUCAGAAUUCAAGAUAAUAAAGGUCAAUAAUGGCAUUGAUUGAAUGAUUCCUGUGAUAACUUAUGGCUAAUAAUAAUUAUAUCGAUUGGUCAUUGAAACUUGUAAAUUUUUUUGUUUUCAAAGUUCAAGAAAAAAUGUCAACAAAGUUUUUUGCCCCCAAAUCAUACGAGAAAAAAGAGCCUCUAUCUCUCUCACUCACCGAUGCAUUAUCGAUAUAAAUUCAUCCAUUGGUCUUUUUUUUCUCGGAAUCGAAUGUCGUAAUGUAGGACCAGUUGUUUUUGGUGGUGUGUGUGUGUGUGUGUGUGUGUGUGGAGAAGAGAAAAAAUCGCAUUUCUUUGUUCAUCACAACCUGAAUUUGAACCUCUCGUUGCUGAUGAUGAUAAUAGAAAUAUAACUUGAUUUUUUUUUGUUUCUUCGUUCCGAUAAAUCUUGCUUGUCCGGUUCAGCUUUUUUUUCAUAUUCAUUUGUUAUUUUUUUCAUCUAUCUAAUUAUUAUUCUUGCAAUUCAGCAAACAAACAAACAAACAAACACAUGCCAUUUUGAAAUGGCCUGUAUAAAAAGGUUGGUUGAUGAUAAUUUUUUUUUUGUAAAUGACCAAUUGAUGAUCAUCCGUCAUUACAAAUACAUUUCAUAUGGUGGUGGUGGUCAAUAACAUCUGAAUUGAUUGUUUGAAAAUAAAACUUGUGAAUAUGAUCCGUUUCAUGAUGACUUUACAAUAUUCAAUGGUAAUAUUGAUGAUUACCAUAAUAAUUUUAUCGUUAUCAAUCACUCAAUGUCAUCGAAUGGAACGAUCAUCGAAUGCAUUGAAAUUUAUAUCGCGUUCAUCCGAUAUUGAUGAUAAUGAUCCAUUUCGAUUGGAUCGAAACAUUGCCAUUGCUUGUACGAAUCGUUAUAAUUGUGAAAAAACCUGUAUACGUGCUAAAUUAGCUAAACAAACAACAAAAGCAUCAUUAAUCGAUUCAUUAACCCAUAGUAUUGGUGAAUCAACAAUGACCGAUGCACAUAAACUUGGUAUACAAUUUGGUCGACAUAAAUCAUGCGAUAAAUGUUCAUUAAUUUAUUCGAAUUGUCUGGAUGAUUGGUAUCGUAUUGCACGGCGACAAUUAUCUGAUUAUCGUAACCAAGAUGGAUCAUUACCUGCGAUGAUGAUGAUUAUGGCUAACGAAGAGAAUCAACGGAAUUCAAUCUUAUCAUCAUCAUCAUCAUCAUCAUCGAAUAAAUCAUCAAAUCGUUUAUAAUUGUAAAAAUUUUUCAUUCAUUCAAUUGUUUAUCACUUUUUUUUGCUUUGAUAAUAAUCUUUUUCCAAUCAAUCAAUGUUUUAUUAAAUGACGGUCACAUAC